AUGAGUUCCGGGGGCGACGCGAAGCUCUUCGCCAGAGGCAAGGUUGCCGAGCUGCGACAAGAGCUCAACAGCGGCGGCAAGAAAGACAAGAACUACUCCGCCAAAAAGAUCGCCUUGAAGAAGAUUGUCGCCAACAUGACGAUGAGCAACAAUGACAUGGUUGCGCUGUUUCCCGAUGUUAUCGACUGCAUGACCCUGCCGAGUUUGGAGAUCAAGAAGAUGUGUUUCUUGUUCUUGGUCAACUACUCUCGCCUGAAGCCCGAUGUUGCGCUGAAAGCGCUGCCGAUAUUGGUCGAUGAUAUGGAAGAUACCAACCCGCUUGUCCGCGCACUCGCCCUGCGAACUAUAUCAUAUGUUCAUGUGCGCGAAUUCGUGGAGGCGACCUUCCAACCCCUCAAGCACCUGAUGCAGGAUAACGACCCCUAUGUCCGCAAGACGGCUGCGUUCUGUGUCGCGAAGCUAUACGAGCACGACAAAAAGAUGGUGGAGAACUCGGACUUGAUCGACCGACUUAACCGGAUGCUGAAGGACGAGAACCCAACUGUCGUCUCCAGCGUUUUGGCAUCAUUGGUGGACAUCUGGGGUCGGAGUGAAUCGAUUUCACUCACCAUCGACUAUGUCAGUGCUUCAAAGCUGGUCUCAAUCCUGCCCGACUGCUCCGAGUGGGGCCAAUCCUACAUUCUCGAGGCCUUGAUGUCCUAUGUGCCCCAGGACACUGCCGAGGCGCUUCUGCUGGCAGAGCGAAUUGCCCCGCGGCUCUCUCACUCGAACUCCGCGGUGGUCCUCACAUCCUGUCGAGUCAUCCUCUACCUCAUGAACUAUAUCGCCGAUGAGAAGCACAUCACCUCAUUAUGUCGGAAGCUCUCACCUCCUCUCGUCACCUUGCUCUCAAAACCGCCCGAGGUUCAAUAUUUGGCAUUGCGAAAUGCCAUUCUCAUUCUACAGAAGAGACCCGAGGUCUUGCGCAAUGACAUUCGGGUAUUUUUCUGUAAUUAUAACGACCCGAUUUAUGUCAAGGUGACCAAGUUGGAAUUGAUGUUCAUGUUGACAACGAAGGAGAAUAUCUCGGUGGUCCUGGCAGAGCUUCGAGAGUAUGCUACCGAGAUUGAUGUCCAUUUCGUGCGCAAAGCAGUUCGUGCCAUUGGAAAGCUCGCAAUUAAGAUCGAGUCCGCUGCCAAGCAGUGCAUCGACACACUUCUGGAACUGGUCGACGCCAAAAUCCCGUAUAUUAUCCAAGAAGCGACGGUGGUGAUUCGCAACAUCUUCCGCAAGUAUCCCAACAAGUACGAAAGUAUCAUUAGCCACGUCAUCCGCAAUAUCGACGACCUUGACGAGCCUGAGGCCAAGGCGGCUGUUAUCUGGAUCAUUGGCCAGUAUGCGGACCGCAUUGAGAAUUCCGAUGGUCUCCUCCAAGAUUAUCUUGCGACCUUCCACGAUGAAACAGUCGAAGUGCAGCUGGCCCUGCUCACGGCUACUGUCAAGCUUUUUAUUCAGCGGCCUACGAAGGGCCAACAGCUCGUUCCGCAGGUACUCAAGUGGUGCACAGAGGAAACAGAUGACCCUGACCUGAGAGACCGUGGCUACAUGUACUGGCGUUUGCUGUCGACCGACCCAGCAACAGCCAAACAGGUGGUGAUGGGCCAGAAGCCACCCAUCACCGCCGAGAGCGAAAAGCUGGACCCCCGAACCCUCGAGGAACUCUGCCUGAACGUUGGUACACUUGCAACUGUUUACCUGAAGCCUAUUCACCAGGUCUUCCGUGCCGCACGUCCCCGUCGUCUGCAGCCCAGCCCAGCCCUGCAACGGCCACGGAUCGAGGACGGCACCGCCAGCCUACUCGAAUACAACCCCCCUACUGCCAACCUCGCAUCAUCAUCAACGAGCAACAGUGGUCUCGCCACUAUCACUACGACGGGAAACCCCAUCAGCCCGAUCAAUGCUCCUCCUCCACCCAACUUCCCCGUUGGGCCGGGCUCUGGGCCUGGCCCCACUGCAGCUCCGAACACAUCCAACGACGCGAUCAGUGCUGCGGACUCGUACUUCAACGGGAUUGGCUCGCAGCAAAUGGCCGCGUUGGACCUGGGUGGCCGAGGUGAUGGUGGUGCUGGAAGCGGAGGUGCACCGCAGACACAGUUUGUUGUCACGCAGAACCAGCAGCAAGGAUACCAGCCUCAAUAUGCUGGCGGUGCUGCUACAGGCGAAUUGCUACUUCUGUAG